CCGCUGUGGGUCGGCGGAGGUUAGAGGGCAGCAGGAAGUAGAUACGUGGCCGCCGCCUGUCCGCAGCAGAGGAGGCGCAGCCCGAGAUGGCGGGGGUGCUGAGCGCGGAGCGGCUCGAAGUCUCCAUCGACGGCCUCACUCUGAGCCCGGACCAGGAGGAGCGGCCUAGCGCCGAGGGGGCUCCGCUGGUGCCGCCGUCUCCGGCGGGGUCUGAGCCCGAGUCGGCGUCGGAGAGGCGGCGGGAGGCCGGGGAGAAGGAGGCGGCGGCCGAGGGCCCGGCCCCGGUGACAGCGGCGGACGACUCCCUGUGUCUGGAGGAGUUCUGGGGCUUCGGCCUGGAGGAGCUGUACACCCUUGCGCUCCGCUUCUUUAAAGAUAAAGAUGGCAAAGCAUUUCAUCCGACUUACGAAGAAAAACUCAAACUUGUGGCACUGUACAAGCAGGUUCUUUGGGGUCCGUGUAAUCCAGACACUUAUCCUGAAGUUGGAUUUUUUGAUGUCUUGGGAAAUGACAGAAGGAAAGAAUGGGCAGCCCUGGGAAAUCUGUCUAAAGAGGAUGCUAUGCUAGAGUUCGUCAAGCUGCUAAAUAGAUGUUGCUAUCUUUUUUCAACAUAUGUCACAUCCCAUAAAAUAGAGAAGCAAGAACAAGAAAAAAGAAGGAAGGAAGAGGAGGAGCAAAGGCGUCGGGAAAAGGAAGAAAGAGAACGUUUGCAAAGGGAGGAAGAAAAACGUAUUCAAGAAGAAACUGAAAGGUUGAAAAGGGAAGCAGAGGAAAGGAGACGAAUAGAGGAGGAGAAGCUGCGGCUGGAACAGCAGAAGCAACAGAUAAUGGCAGCACUAAACUCCCAGACUGCUGUGCAGUUCCAGCAGUACGCGGCCCAGCAGUAUCCAGGGAACUAUGAGCAGCAGCAGAUUCUCAUUCGGCAGCUGCAAGAGCAGCAUUAUCAGCAGUACAUGCAGCAGUUGUAUCAAGUCCAGCUUUCGCAGCAACAGGCAGCAUUACAGAAACAGCAAGAAGCAGCAACAACUGGAGCAUCUUUGCCUGCAGCAUCAAAGGUGAAUGCAGCCACACCUGGUGAAAUGCCCUCAGUCAAUGGACAGGCCAAACCUCACCCAGACAGCUCUGCAAAAGAAUUGGAACCAGAAAUUUCAGAAGAAGUCCUAGAGAACGGACCAAAAGAAUCUGUUCCAGUAAUAGCUGCACCUUCCAUGUGGACAAGACCUCAGAUCAAAGACUUUAAAGAGAAGAUUCGGCAGGAUGCAGAUUCAGUGAUCACAGUGGGCAGAGGAGAAGUAGUCACUGUCCGAGUACCUACACAUGAGGAAGGAUCUUACCUCUUCUGGGAAUUUGCAACAGACAAUUAUGACAUUGGGUUUGGGGUAUUUUUUGAAUGGACAGAGUCUCCCAAUACUAACGUCAGUGUGCAUGUCAGUGAAUCCAGUGAUGAUGAUGAAGAAGACGAAGAAAACAGUGAAGAAAAAGCCAAAAGGAAGUCCAGCAAGCCUCAGCUAGAUGAAAUUGUACCUGUGUACCGACGAGACUGUCAUGAGGAAGUAUAUGCUGGCAGCCAUCAGUACCCAGGGAAGGGAGUCUAUCUACUUAAAUUCGACAACUCAUAUUCUUUAUGGAGAUCAAAAGUAGUCUACUACAGAGUCUAUUAUACUAGAUAAAAAUGGUGUUACAAUACCAAUUGAGGCUUGGGCUGGGCAGAAGAUGGCCUUUUAUUUGGGAAUCUCUUCUAACAUAACAGAGCAUUAGAGUCAGUUUUUACCCCAUUUGGUUUUGGUCUGACAGUCUGUGAACUCUUAAGAGUCAAGAUUAUCCCCAAGACUCCCUGUUAUUAUUACAAGAAUUCUUUGGUGUUGAAAAGGGAUCUCCAGACUCAUCCAGCACUUAGGGGUUAACCAAGAGAGUCACUGAUGGAUGGUGCUUAAGCUGAAAUUACGUGAGUUACAUAUGUCCUUCAAAUCCUACAAAAUGAAAUGCCCCAGUGUGAACCCUGUUUGGCUGAUGGGUAGUCUACUGUUGCCUGCUUCAUGUGCUUUGUGACUGCUGACAGUUGAAUUGCCUUUUAAUUUGAAGCCUUUCUGUUAAUGGACUAUAGCUGUGUUUUGAAAUGUAUGGUUUUUGGUACAAUUAGAAUUCAAAAUUGUUACCUAAAGCAGUUUUUGAAAAGAGCUGUCUCUUUUUGGCUGUGUCCUGCAUAGCCCCAAAUGUUAAGAGCUAGAUUGCUUUUAUUUUUGGUUAGUCCAAGGGAAUACAAAGGAGGAUUCUCUGGAAGAAUUGGAUGCUAGAAUUUGUUAAACCAGGAUGAUGAAUGAAUUAUAGUAUCAACAUAGGUCAUACUAAUGAGUCAACUGUCUCAGCUGACCAGCCUCCCAUUUCUGCCCGAGAUUGACUACCAGUAGCAAAACAAAGUUAAUAAAUUAUUGACUUGAUUGGCUUUUUAUGUCAUGUCAAACCCAGUUUUCUACCCAAUUCAGUAAUCUUGCUUUGUAUUUUAUAAGUGCAAAUUGGUACCUGGGGCAUUUAACUAUUUUAAAUCAUUUUAGUAUAUAAUUCAGUGUGUGGGGAUUCAUGUUGCACUGAUAAAUCACUGCCACUCCAUUUUCUCAUAUUUGGUACCACUUGUGCACAAAUCCUAUGUAAUUCUGCUUUAGCAUUAAGUAUUGUGGAAAGUUGAAAUGUCCCAUCACAUACCUAAAUUUUAAAGUCUUCUAGCUUUAAUCUGCGUUAUGUUUGUCAUGGAUGAUGUUGGAGCAUCUUGUAGUUCUGUUCAGUUAAACAAAUAUGGAUUUGUCUGGCCCAUAUUUGUGAAAGCAGUUGGCCAGUAUAGGAAGCCUUGGAGGAAUGUCAUAUAGACAGAUGUUAAUGUGCAUUUAACACUGUUAAUGUAUGUUACUGAAAUAUAUGGAUUUUUAAAAACCGCAAAUCA